AUGGAUAGAGUAGCUAGAGGUCAUGGUACGAGAGAUCGCGGUGCUAGCGGUAUAGUUGGCCGUGGCGACAGAGCUGGUGGUAGAGCUGGAGACCGAGCAGACCGAGGUCAGGGUCGUGGACUUCCGGUGGAUUCAGGAGAGAGUGCAACACCGAGUGUGGCGACUGCUUUGGUGGCGGGUCCAGUUGAAGGUGAUGCCGUGUGGGCGCUAGUGAGAACGUGGGAGUCGGGGCGGGUCCAGUUGCGGGUGCUGUUCCAGCACAGGGUGAUGAUGACUUGGUGGCCGAGGGCUGCUGUUGGCGGUAUUCUACCCUAUCUAGAGAUGAUGGGGCAGAUGCAGAGGAUUGGUUCACUGUUCUUUGAGGGCGGAGUUGGUCCAGAGGAGGCAGACGCGUGGCGUCAGGGACUAGAGCUGAACUUCUGGUUGAUCAAAUGUCCUUUGGAGAAUCAGAUCAGUCAACUAUCUGAAUGGGGACGCACAUUUGUGGUGGUGGGCCACUAA